CCCUCAAUUGCUACAGAUUCCACAGUCUGCUCUUCCUCACUAAAGAUGCAGCAACCUGCUUGACAUUCUCCUCUGGAAAAGGAAAAGAACUACUAGAGGAAGUAUGGCACUUGGAUGCAGAAAUUGAGCACCUUCCAUGUGAUCCAGAGAACAGUAACUCAGAUGUGUUCUGGAACCUUCUACCCAUGGUAGAACCUCUUAGCUUUAUGGAGAAAACAGAGUCAUUCUGUCUAGAGGUGCCACCCCAAGACUGCGGAGCCUCUCCUCAGCCUCCGCUGAGGAGCCUGCCAAAGCAGCACUGUGAGAACCAGGGGAGCCUCCUCCAGUUUGACCGGCAAGCCCCAGGCCGCAUCUCCACCUCGCCCACUUUGAGGAGAUUAAGGACCCGUGGCUGUGGGACUUGGCACUCACUGUCUCAGCAGGAUGCCUUGCAGGUGCCCACCUGGGGAAGCUGGAGAGAGCCUGCGGGCUCCCCACCUUACCUUUCCAAGAGCCUGCCGGGAAGCCCAAAGGAUUCUUCAUACUUGCUGUCACCCUUGAGACUCCACUCAAGAUUGACCUCUGAACCUGAAAGGGCCCUGAAUGCAGCUGACUCACGGGAGCCCCAAACCCGGCCCACUGACAAGUAUCUCCCUCCUGAGCUUCAGCCUGUCAGUGAAGAGUCCCUUCACCAGGCCUCUCUUCUGCUGCAAGAAGGCCCCUUCCUGUCCAGCCCCACCCCACAACGCCCUAGUCCUCAGGGAGAAGAAUUGCACCCAUCCAGGUGAGUAUGCAUUUAUUUUCUCCGGUGCUAUGACAUCUGUUGACUAUUUACUAUUAGAUUUUUAUUUCUGCCCUGACGUAACAAAGCUGACGGUAUAUUAACCAAUACACUUUGUUUUACAGCACUCAAGUCACUCUUCACAUUUAUAGUGUAAGAGUUUUCAUUUCAAGAGUCUCCCUUUAAGAGCACAGCAUUUGGGGGCAGGAUACAAUACCAUACGCAGUCAUAGUUUUCAUUUUGAAUUGUCAAUGUCUUGGCCCUGUGGCUUAAUUAACAUCCACUUAGUAAUACGUUUUGUCUGGUAGAGAAAAUAGAAAGGCCAGAGAUACUCAACAGCUUUUCACAGAAAAAUUUAGAGGACAAAAAAUUAAAGGAACAAGAUGUCUUGAUUACAUCUAGGGUGACCUUUAAAAUAACCUGUUAUGACAGACUGUGCCCUUAUCCAGAAUGAAGUAGUCUGUGUCAUUUCCGAAACCAGCUCUGAACUUUCAGCAUGGCCCCAGCAGAUCCUAGGAAUGGAUCUGCCAUCCCUGACAGGGAUGAAGAGUUUCUGUAGCAGCAAGGGAAAGAUCCAUGCCCAAUUUUAUCUUCCUGACUUGCGGGAUUGGCAGGAAAGCCCUCAUUUCAUUUGAAAAGUCACAGAGGAUUUUUUUGGAGAAAUAGCUGCCGUUUUAUUACUGGGCCUCAAUCUUCAAGCAAUAGUUUAAUGUUCAUAGCAGUAAGGAUAACAUCCAUGUAAACGUUCUUUGUUGAUUUUAAUCCACCUUGGCCUAAAUGUAUCAACAAAGGUAGAAGAUACUUACCAAGCAGUAGGAAAAUGCAAAUUGUUAUGUUUGUGUAUCAGUUAGCUAUUACUAGAUAAAAAAAACCACUUAAAGUAACA